GUGUUGAACUGAAGAGAAGAUAGAGCUUGUACAAUAAUAGGGCAAGCUCUAGAAGAUGUCCAGAAGAGUUCAAUCAAGCUUCAGAGGUGUUCUGAAGUAGUUAUCUUGUGAAGUUAAGUCUAGGAAAGACUUAGACUGAUCAUGUGAAGGCUGUGAAGGAGUUAGAGAGAAGAUGGAAGUAUGGUGCAAAGAUAGGGCGUUCAGUACGGCCUUGUACGGUCUAGGGUGAGCCAUGAAGAUGUCUAGUGCAACCAAGAAGGAAGAUAGGGCAAUGUACAAAGAUAGAGCGAGUGGUACGGACAGGAGGUCCGUACCAUCGACCGUACAGUCCACUCCUCACGCCCAUGUCAUCCGGUUAACCCCAAAUCUUGAUGUGCAAUGUGUGGGCGGUUCAAUCUGAUCUUAAGUGACCGUUUGGGAUACUUGGAGGGAAAGGAAGAUUCAAAUGGAUAAGGUGAGCUGUUGGUAUGAGCUGGAAAGGUAAAGGUGCUUUACCUUUACGGCCUUGACUCAUCUUAUCCAUCCAAUUCAAAUGAAGCAAUCUGAGCCCUUUACCUUGAGUCAAAUCGCCAGCUAGCUCCAGCAACAUCAAGACCAGUCUUCUCUCAUCCUCACCAUCCAUUUUAUCUUGUAUUUACAGCCUUAGGAUCUAGGUUUGUGAUAUGAGUUGUGUAAAGGCAUAUAUAAGCCUCUUAUGAUCACUUUGUAAACCCUUAAGCUGAGAGAGUCUCUCUUCUUCAUAAACUUGUUCUUUGUUCUUAUUCUCUGGUUACUAAGUCACUUAAACUUGUCACUAAGUCUCUCUAAAUCUCCCAUACUCUCUUUGAUUCUCUUAAACUCAUUUCUAUUCUUCAUACUUCAUCAUACAACAAUCUCUCAUCUGUUCUUACAUCACUCAAGUACUGGUACUCUGAAAACCUCAUAUGGUAUCAGAGCCAGGUUGCUCAGACUCCUGGUGAAGACUUCCGCAACAAACACAAGCUCCAGCUCACGCCAGUUCAGCUCAGUUCACUCAGCCCCAAGCGCCAGCCUUUGAAGAAGUUCCUUGACAGUUUUGCUCUUUCCAGUCUCAAGAUGGAGUCCAAAAGAGUCAUUGUCAUCCCAGUCACUCUCAAAGGCCCCAACUACCUUCUCUGGUCACGCCUAGCCAAGACAGCCAUAGGAGGAAAGGGUUUAUGGAGCCAUUGCAUCUCAGAUGCUCCAAACCACUCCAAAGGUGUCGCCACACAAGCUGAAGGUGAAGCAAGUUCCAAACCGGUCUCUGAAGACAGAUGGCUACAAGAAGACCUUACUGUCCUCUCCAUACUCCACAGCUCCUUGGAUCCAUCCAUUCUUGAAGCCUACUCCUACUGUGAGAGUGCUAAAGAGCUUUGGAGUACACUUAAGAAGAUCUAUGGAAACCUGUCCAACCUCAGCCGAGUCUUUGAGAUCAAGAAGGCCAUCAACAACAUGUCCCAAGAAGAAGAGGAGUUCACUACUCAUCUAGGAAGGUUCAGAGCCCUUUGGUCUGAGCUAGAGAUGCUUAGACCUCAAUCAGUUGAGCCGGACGUGUUGAAUGAAAGAAGGGAGCAAGAUAAAGUGUUUGGGCUGCUCCUAACUCUCAGUCCCGCCUUCAGCGACCUCACCAAACAUCUACUGAGGUCUGAGAAGCUACCUACCCUUGAAGAAGUGUGUGCUCAAGUCCAAAAGGAGGAGGGCUCACACGGAUUGUUUGGAGCAAAGGAACCACUUACCUUUGCUUCACACGCUGAAGGAAGCUCUCAGUCCAUGAAGCCGGUGUACAAGAAGGGGGAUAGAAGAGGCCUGAAGUGUGAGCAUUGCAAAAGGGAUGGACACACCAAGGAGAGGUGUUGGAUACUGAAUCCAAGCCUCAAACCUGCCAAGUUCAAGUGAACCGUGCCCAUGGAGGUUCAAGAGAUCAGCUCGGAUCUCUUGUUUGUAAGCAAACCUCCUAACCCUUAAUAAGAGCUUGUGUCUUUAUUUAUUGUGCUGUGAGUGGUGUCUAGAGUCCCAGAAUCUCAUGUCUUGUUAUUGCAUUGUCUUGUGUGUUGCCAUAGCUUGAAUCAUCAUGAAUGUGUUGCAGAAUUGAGUAGAAUGUCUCUACUGCUUGCAUCAUGUUUGAAAAGCUGUUUUGCAUACAUAAGCAUGUCUCAUAUUGUCUAAGUUCAAUCCGAGUGUGUACUGAUGCUAAUGCCUAUGUUUAAUCCAUCAAUGAAAGUCUAGCAUCAAUUAGAAAUUGUCUAAGUUGCUUGCAUCAUUGGUUUUGAUUGAAACUGUUGUGCAUAGCUUUUAUAUGGCUCAUGGAUUGAACCUGUUGCAUUCAUAUAGUUAAUGCUUUAGGAUUGUGCAUUCAUGAAUUGAUGCAUUUAAAAACUAGCCUAAAGUGUCAAUGUAUUGGUAAAGCUUGCAUUGUCAUUUUAGAGAUUGAAAUCUGCUUGUUCUUGCCUUGAUUGAUUGGCUUGUUUCAAGUUUAUAUAUUGUUGUGGCAUUGGUGAUCAAACAGGAUGAAUUAUCUUGGUUUGAUCCCAAUGGGAUGAUCUGAUCUUGCAUUGAGUUGUGGUGGUGUUAGGUACACAAGGAAAGUGAUACAUGUAACUCGCCAACAGCCAAGAAUG